GAGCCAGCACGGUCUAGUUUCUGGGCAGAAGGCUGGUAGCGGUAGACUAUAGGGCUCAUGUGAUUCAUCACAUGACAGCGGAUCAUCGGAAAGGCGGAAUGGGACUCACAGCCUGCCUCCUAGGGCUCCUAGCCCUCAUCGUCGCAGGCAAAUGCAGUUACAGCCCCGAGCCUGACCAGCAGCGGACGCUGCCCCCAGGCUGGGCGUCUUUGGGCCGAGCAGACCCUGAGGAAGAGCUGAUUCUCACCUUUGCCCUGAGACAGCAGAACCUGGAAAGACUGUCCAAGUUGGUGCAGGCUGUAUCGGAUCCCCGCUCUCCUCGCUACGGAAAAUACCUGACCCUGGAGGAUGUGGCUGAACUGGUCCGGCCAUCACCACUCACCCUCCGCACGGUCCAAAAAUGGCUCUUGGCGGCUGGAGCCUGGAACUGCCACUCAGUGACCACACAGGAUUUUCUGACCUGCUGGAUGAGUGUCCGACAGGCAGAACUGCUGCUCUCUGGGGCUGAGUUUCAUCGCUAUGUGGGGGGACCUACAAAGACCCAUGUUGUAAGGUCUCCACGUCCCUACCAGCUCCCGAAGGCCUUGGCCCCCCAUGUGGACUUUGUGGGGGGGCUGCACCGCUUUCCCCCCACAUCAUCCUUGAGACAACGCCCUGAGCCACAGGUGGCAGGGGCUAUUGGCCUGCACCUGGGAGUGACCCCAUCCGUGAUCCGUGAGCGAUACAACCUGACAGCACAAGAUGUGGGCUCUGGCACAACCAACAACAGCCAAGCCUGUGCCCAGUUCCUGGAGCAGUAUUUCCAUGACUCGGACCUGGCUGAGUUCAUGCGCCUCUUUGGUGGGAACUUUGCACACCAGGAAUCAGUAGCCCGUGUGGUCGGACAACAGGGCCAAGGCUGGGCUGGGAUUGAGGCCAGUCUAGAUGUGCAGUACCUGAUGAGUGCUGGUGCCAACAUCUCCACCUGGGUCUACAGUAGCCCUGGCCGUCAUGAAUCACAGGAGCCCUUCCUGCAGUGGCUCCUGCUGCUCAGUAAUGAGUCAGCGCUGCCACCUGUGCACACUGUGAGCUACGGAGAUGAUGAGGACUCUCUUAGCAGCACCUACAUCCAGCGGGUCAACACCGAGUUCAUGAAGGCUGCUGCUCGGGGUCUUACCCUGCUCUUUGCUUCAGGUGACAGUGGGGCUGGGUGUUGGUCUACCUCUGGAAGAUACCAGUUCCGUCCCAGCUUCCCUGCCUCCAGCCCCUAUGUUACCACGGUGGGAGGCACAUCAUUCCAGAAUCCUUUCCGAGUUACAAGUGAGAUUGUUGACUAUAUCAGUGGUGGUGGUUUCAGCAAUGUGUUCCCACGCCCUUCAUACCAGGAGGAAGCUGUAACCCAGUUCCUGAGCUCCAGCCCCCACUUGCCACCAUCCAGUUACUUCAAUGCCAGUGGCCGUGCCUACCCAGAUGUGGCUGCACUCUCUGAUGGCUACUGGGUGGUCAGCAACCACGUGCCCAUUCCAUGGGUUUCGGGCACCUCGGCCUCUACUCCAGUGUUUGGAGGGCUGCUAUCCCUGAUAAAUGAACACAGAAUCCUCAGUGGCCGCCCCCCUCUUGGCUUUCUCAACCCAAGGCUCUACCAGCAGCGUGGGGCAGGACUCUUUGAUGUAACCCGUGGCUGCCAUGAGUCCUGUCUGAAUGAAGAGGUGCAGGGUCAAGGUUUCUGCUCUGGCCCUGGCUGGGAUCCUGUGACAGGCUGGGGAACACCCAACUUCCCAGCUCUGCUGAAGACAUUAAUCAACCCUUGAGAGUGGACCUGCCCUUUGCCCCACAGCUGCUGGCUUGUUUCCUUAUUCUGCACUGUUGGAAGCCUUGCUGAACCUUCACCUGUUGACUGCUGCAGACAGCUUAUCUCCCUAACCCUGAAGUGCUAUGAGUGUGACUAGACUCUCACACCUAACCCUGCUCCAUCAUACUCAGGUCUCCCUACUCCUUCCUGCCUCAGGUUCCUCUAUAGAUACUAUAACCAGUACUAUUUGGGAGCAUCUCCCAACCCACCCACUUGCCCUCAUUUCUUCUUUCUCUUUGCAACCAGGCUUUUGCAAAGUGUUGUCAACAGUCUCUAUGAACAUGAUUUCACUUCAUGUUUGCUCCUCAAUUCAUUGCGAUGAGGCUUCUGCUCUUUUUUAUUCUUUCCUCUGCUGACGCUGAAAAACAAUGGCCUCCUUGCUGCUUCAUCCAGUGCACACUUCCAAUCUUUGUUUUAUGACCCUAUCAUAGUUGCCUACUCCGUCUCCUUCCAGGGCUUAACUUCUUCUCUGACCAUCCUCUCCUCCUCCUCCUCCUCCUCUUCUUCCUCAUUGAAUGUUGGUGUACUUUAUUGCUCCACCCUUAGUUUUUCGCUCUUCUCACUCUACACAUUGUCCCCUAGAACAAGUCACUGAUUGGCAUCCACAGCCAUCGCCAUCUCACUAAAUCAGACUUUCUACCCAACAGUGAUUGAUACCUCAAAAGCAAGAUGUGUGAUACGCAACACUUCAUUUCUCUCCCUCCUUCUUAAUAUCACUGUUCUCUUUUGUUUUUUGUUUGUUUGUUUGAUACUAUGCUGCUUCCAGCCAAGCCAGAGACCCAACUGUUAUUCUAGACUAUUUUCUUCACCUCCCUCCCCCACCACCUUCAGUUAAGUCCUACUGACUUUACCUCUUAAUUAUAUCUUUAUGAAUCCACGAGUCCUACCAAUUACAUUUCUUACGUAUAUCUAGAACUCAUCUACGUCUCUCCAUCUUCAUUGCUACUACAUUAGCUUAGAGCCAUAUUCUCUCUCCUUUGAAUUGUAAAAGGUCCUUGCAAAAAACAACCUUCCUGCCCUUCCCUAAACCAUCUCCCAGAGUAAAAUGAAAAUCCCAUCAGGUCAUUUACUUCAUUAAGACCCUUCAAAGAUCACUGGAUAAAUUUGAGGCUUUUUAUCAUGACUCACAAACCUGGUCACUUCCUUGCUUUUUGUUCCCAAGUAACAAAUUGUUUAUCCUCCUCUGCUCUCCCCCAUACACAUUCUUUCACUUUUGCUCAAGAUAUUCUGUACCCUUUAUCCCUGAUUCUCCUUGCUUGGUUAAUUUCCAGGAUUCUUUCCAGAUUCAGUUCAGAAGCCACCUUCUCUUGUGAACCUUUGGCUUCCUGAAACUAGUUGAUUUGGGUAUGGCACAAAAUCCUAGAUUUUUGAAACCAAGACUGUUUGAUUCUUGUUUCUGAUCUAGACUAGGGGAGAGCCUUGGGAAAAUAAGUUCUUCUCCCUAAGCCUUUUUCUCACCUGUUAAGUGGAGAUAUCAAUACCUGCCUCUCAUAAUAAUCAGUGAAUAAUUAAAUGGAAUAAAGGUGAUAGAGUACCUGACACACAAGUAGGAAGCAGGUGUUAGUUCCCUUCCGCCCUUGCGCACUGUUUCUACCUCUAAUAUUGUAACUCCAUCGUAGAAUUGAAAUUGCCAGUUGGCCUGUUUGCCUCCCUAAGAUUGUUGGUGCCUAGAGGAGUAGAAUCUUGUUUUAUUUAACUUUAUUCCCAGGCCCUAGCUCAGGAUUGGCAAAUAGGAAAUAAAUGUUUGCUACAUUGAAAACCUCA